AUGGAGACACCAGGUGGUGUGGUGUUCACGUGGUCUAGUAACUCGUCCUUGGCUAAUGCCAUUAAGGACCUCACGAACAGUGACACCAGGAACAAUGACACCAGGAACAGUGACACAAGGAACAGUGACACCAGGAACAAUGACACCAGGAACAGUGACAGGAUCAGUGACACAAGGAACAAUGACACCAGGAACAGUGACACCAGGAACAAUGACACCAGGAACAGUGACACCAAGAACAGUGACACCGGGAACAGUGACACCAGGAACAGUGACACCAGAAACAGUGACACCAAGAACAGUGACACCAGGAACAGUGACACCAGGAACAGUGACACCAGGAACAAUGACACCAGGAACAGUGAUACCAGGAUCAGUGACACAAGGAACAGUGACACCAGGAGUGACACCAGGAACAGUGACACCAGGAACAGUGACACCAGGAACAGUGACACAGGAACAGGAAACAGUGACACCAGGAACAGUGACACCAGGAACAGUGAACCAAGAACAGUGACACCAGGAACAGUGACACCAGGAACAAUGACACCAGGAACAAUGACACCAGGAACAGGAUACCAGGAUCAGUGA